AUGGAGAGUACUGAAGCAGUGCAAGUGAUAAUGGUGACCUUAUCCAUGCAAGGUCACAUGAACCCCAUGCUGAAGCUCGCCAAAAUGCUUGUAUCAAAGGGGGUUCAUGUCACCCUUGCCACCAAUGAUGUUGCACGUAAGCGCAUGUUGGACUCCAAAAUCUCCACUAACUUUACCACCAUUAACAGCACUGGUCGACUCAGCCUAGAGUUCUUCUCUGAUGGUCUUAGCCAUGAGUUUGAUCGCGAGAAGGAUAGUGGAACCUUUCUUGCUUCACUCAAGGCCAACGGACCCAAAAAUCUCUCAAAUCUCAUUACUGAUCUCAAAGCUAAUGGCAAUCAAUUCUCAUGCCUUAUUACCAACCCUUUUAUCCCAUGGGUGCCUGGGGUUGCCACCGAACAUGGGAUCCCUUGUGGUGUACUUUGGAUCCAAUCUGCAACUGUUUUCGCCAUUUACUAUCAUUUUAUUAAGGACCCAGACUUGUUUCCUAACUUGGAAAACCCCAAUGGGAUUUUAGAGUUGCCUGGAAUUCCAGGGCUCACAGUGGGAGAUCUUCCAACCUUUAUGCUUCCUUGUAGUCCUUCUCACUUCCGGCUAUUGGUUACCGAAUUCAUUUCAAUUUUGGAUAAGGUAAAAUGGGUUCUAGGCAACUCAGUUCAUGAGCUUGAAGAGGAGACAGUGAACUCCUUGGAGGCUGUUAAACCGGUUUAUUCUAUCGGACCAUUGGUGUCACCUAGUCUUCUAGGAAAGGAAGAAACCAUUGAAGGAAGUGUUGACAUGUGGAGGGCUGCAGAUUCUUGCAUUGAAUGGCUUAACAAGCAGCGACCAUCCUCGGUGAUAUACAUUUCAUUUGGUAGCAUCAUUAUGUCAUCAAAGCAGCAAAUUCAAAGUAUUGCCACCGCAUUGAAGAACAUCAAAAGGCCAUUCCUUUGGGUUAUCAAAGCAUCGGAGACGAGAAAAGACGAAUUCCCAAGGGGUUUUUUGGAAGAGAUCACGAAGGAUAAGUCGGGCCUUGUUGUUUCAUGGUGCCCUCAAGAGAAAGUGUUAACGAACCAAGCACUGGCUUGUUUCGUGACACAUUGUGGAUGGAAUUCGACCCUGGAAACUGUGGUGGCUGGUGUGCCUGUUGUUGCCUAUCCAGAGUGGACGGAUCAGCCGACGAAUUCGAAGCUCUUAGUUGAUGUUUUCAAGGUUGGGGUGAGGAUGAGCAAUUGUGAAGAUGAGAGAUUAAGCGUAGAAGAGGUUGAAAGGUGUAUUAUGGAGGUGAUUGAUGGACCAAGAGCAGGAGAGAUGAAGAGAAGGGCAGUGGAGUUGAAAAAUGCUGCUAAGAACGCAUUGGAAGAAGGUGGUUCAUCCAAUCGGAACAUUGAUAAAUUUAUCGCUGAAAUCAGCGGCAAACCAUCCAGCAAUAACGUUUAAUUCAUGAUUCAGCCCAAGGUUAGAUACUACAAUUUCUAGAGAAGGGUCAGAAAUUGGAUUGAUAAUAUAUCCUCACAUUUAAAUUUUUAUGAUGAAGGCAUGGGUUAUUUAAAUUUUGAUUCAUCUCCAACAUAAAAAUGGGGUGAAGGACUAAAUUUAUAUGAAUAUUUUGAUGUGGUAUAUUUUAAUCUUAAUAUAAAUAUCACUAGAAGUUUCAUGUUA